UUACAGAUAGACUCUUGUGCAGAGGAAAAGUCACAUUAUUUCACAUUGAAAGUGGCCAAAUGUGUGCUUAUUUAAAUGGAAACAGACUUUUAAGAUUCAGUUCAAGGACAGUUAGAAAUUAUUUGUCUCUGUAUUAAUACACCAUAUAUUCUACAGACAUGCAGGGCAAUAACUAUUUCUGACACUGAACCUCCAGUUGCUCUAAUAUUCUGCAUUUCUUCUAUAAAAAAUGUUUCUGAAAGGCUUUUAAUUGGUUUCAAAUCGUUUUGGCUGAUGUGUGUUGGCACAUAAAACCUCCAGACUGAAGACACACGCAGGCCUGACUUGUCGGAGACGUGUGAAGGUCUCAGGUGAAAGUGCAGCCUCCCAUUUCUUCAUUAGACACAUCACAUCAAAGUGAUAAUUGUCGCCGUGCAGACUUUAAAGAGUAAUUUCCCACCAAAGGAAUCUAAUUAUUUUUCUUUCUAUCACAUUAUCCGUCUAUUUAGCCUUAUUCACACCCCAGUGAUAACGAAAGACGUCCUUCGGGAAGGUUGCAUUUUGUCACUUGGGGUCUUCUUUGAACUUUUCUUUCCCCCUUUGCUUGAGCUGUGAACCCAUAAACCUCCGGAGAUCUGGGUCCGUAUAAGAACGCUUUGGCAAAAUCCAGUUCACAGACGCCUGUAUGCCAGAGAGACGCGUUGGAUAUUUCUAACAUGGACAUGGAGGCGGUUACAGCUAAGAUUCUGUCCGAGUGGAAGAGCUGUGAGGGCACUUUUGGGGAAGGGGACUCGCUCCAGUCCUCCUCUCCGGAGUCCUCGAUGGACUCCAUGUGUUCCUCGCCGGAGAUGUGCUACUCCAGCGGGCAUCACCGGGACAACAAGGAUUUCUCUUUCGGCUUCGGGGGACUCGGUGCGGUUCCGGCGACGCAGCGGCAGGGCAAACCCAAGAUGUCCACCAAAAGACGCAUGAAGGCCAGCGAGAGGGAGAAGAUGCGCAUGAGGAGUCUCGCGGAGGCUCUGCACCAGCUCCGUGACUACCUGCCGCCUGACUACAGCAAGAGAGGGCAGCCUCUCACCAAGAUACAGACCCUCAAAUACACCAUCGAGUACAUCAACAAGCUCUCAGACAUCCUCAGCCGCGCGUAACGGACGCGUCAUGGACCACUUUUACGCACUAGGUUUAUCCUCUCCUGGACAUUUGGAUGGAUCGGUGGAGCUAGUUUUAUAUUUCCGAUGAGCAGUGCCACAUGUUUAUGAAAACAUAAAUGUCAUUGAAUGUGUUUUAUCGUCUUGUUUUUGCCCUUCACGUGAUGUAAAUAUUGUUUAUCGGGCACUUGGCGAGUAUUUUUGUAAAUGAAACUGCCUUUGUUGGAAUUAUGAAUUCAGUGUUUGGACACAAAGCUGGGAUGUAUAUGUUGAUGGGUAUGAAACACAGAAAAAUGAAAUAAUCUCAUGUUUGUGUUAUAAUGUAGAGAAACAUCAUAUUUAUUCAAACAUACAUUAGAUGUGAAGUAGCUGUGUGAUGUGAGGUGUUGUUGUGUAUGUGAGAGAUAGUAAAUCAUUUGUGCUGUUGUAAAAUAUUAAAUAUUCAUUCCCACGCUUAAAUCACAUAA